AUGUUACAACCCAGACUGAUAGCGCCUUUCCGGGCGCUCGAGCGAACCCUCGUCUCCUCUCUUCGCUCAUCGCCGGCCAUUUCUCACGCUCCUCGAACUUCAUUACUUUUCCAACGGGCCCCCAUCUCCGCACCAUCCCCGAUCUCGAAAUAUCUUCUCCCUUUCUCUCAAGUCCGCCACGCCUCGCAUGCCACUCAAGGUACUGCCAACCGUCACUCCCGUGAUCCCGCCGGAAAGCGUCUGGGCGCGAAGAAGACCGGCGGCGAGUAUGUCGUUCCUGGCUGCAUUAUCUUCCGGCAGCGCGGAACCAAGUGGUUCCCCGGCGAGAAUUGCGCAAUGGGCAGAGAUCACACCAUCUAUGCGGCAGAGGCUGGCUACGUGAGAUACUACCUCGACCCUGAGCGCCAUCCGGAUCGGAAAUACAUCGGUGUCUGCUUCGAAAAGGAAGGAAAGCUUCCUACACCCCGGAACGCACCCACGAGACGGAAGUUGAACAGAAUCGCGGUUCCUCGCAUCCCCGAUGGCUUUGAAACUGCCGCUCAAUCGGACUUGGCUGCGACUGUGGAGGAUGGCACGACGGUUUCCGGCGUGGAGGCCGCCAAUGCCGCCACGGGCUCCCAGCUGCGUCCCGGCUACAUGUACCGUGAGGCGAACUGGCAGAUCGGUCGUGCCGCCGAGAAGGCUGGAAUUACCGCCAAGCCAUACAAGCGCGAUAACCGUUGGCUCGCCUGGAGAAAGAGACAGGCUAGAGCUGAGCGUGCUGCCCAGAUGAAGAGUCUGAAGGGCAAGAAGAAGGCUGCGAAGAAGAGCAAGGGUGGCCGUUAG